UUUAUGAAACCUUAAAGGUUAGGGUUUUAACUUUCAACACAGAAACUCAAAAAGGAGAUGGAUUUCGAGAAGAGGAAAGCUGCGACACUAGCUUCAAUUCGUUCAUCAGUGACUGAUAAAUCUCCCAAAGGUUAUCUCGACGAACCCAUCAUCCCUCUCCUCGAAACCAUCAAUCAUCACCCAUCUUACUUCACUACCAGCUCAUGCUCAGGUCGAAUCUCAAUCCUUUCUCAGCCCAAACCAAAACUGAAUGAUUCAACUAAGAAGAAAGCUCGUGGUGGGUCAUGGCUCUACAUCACUCACGAUCCAGCUGAUCCGGAGUUGGUGGUUUCUCUGCUUUUUCCAUCCAAGUCAAAUCAGAUUGACCCAAUUGACCAACCCAGCGAAUUAGUCUUCCGAUUCGAGCCGUUGAUCAUUGCUGUGGAAUGUAAGGAUUUGGGUUCGGCUCAGUUUCUUGUGGCGGUAGCUAUCUCGGCUGGGUUUAGAGAGUCGGGAAUCACAUCUUGCGGCGAUGGCAAAAGGGUAAUUAUAGCUAUACGAUGUUCUAUUCGAAUGGAAGUGCCUUUGGGUGAUACGCAGAAGCUGAUGGUUUCACCAGAGUAUGUGAAGUUUCUAGUUGAUAUUGCUAAUGAGAAGAUGGAUGCCAAUAGGAAGCGAACCGAUGGGUUUGGUGUAGUUUUGGCUAGUAAUGGUUUUAAGAAUCCAGAUGCAAACGAUGUGGAUGAAGAUGAUAAUUACGAGAAUCUAGCUGGAAAUCAUGAUUCAACUAUCAACAAUGGAGACUUGCAUCCUGGGCUUCAGCAAAAUCUUAUACCGCUCUCAAAAUUAUCCAUAGUCGGGGAAACUGUUGAGAAGCUCCACCUUUGGGGACACUCAGCUUGUACGAUAGAUAAAACAGAUCGAAAAGAGGUUAUCGUGUUUGGUGGGUUUGGAGGUUUUGGUAGGCAUGCUCGAAGAAACGAGUCUUUGUUGCUUGAUCCUUCAUGUGGUACCUUAAAGUUGAUUGCAGUCAAUGAAUCUCCAUCAGCACGACUUGGACACACAGCUUCAAUGGUUGGCGAUUUCAUGUUUGUGAUUGGAGGAAGGGCUGAUCCCUUGAACAUUUUGAAUGAUGUGUGGAGGCUUGAUAUACCCAAGGGUGAAUGGAGCUCACAGAGGUGUAUUGGAAGUGAAUUUCCUCCAAGGCAUCGGCAUGCAGCAGCUAGUGUUGGCUCAAAAGUAUACAUAUUCGGUGGGCUUUACAAUGAUAAAAUGGUUUCCUCUUUGCAUAUUUUGGAUACAAAGGACCUUCAGUGGAAAGAAGUUGAACAACAAGGUCAAUGGCCCUGUGCGCGCCACUCUCAUGCUAUGGUUGCAUAUGGCUCUCAGUUAUUCAUGUUUGGAGGGUACAAUGGGGAAAAUGUACUUAAUGACCUAUACAGCUUUGAUGUCCAAAGCUGUUAUUGGAAACUUGAAGUGAUUUCUGGAAAAUGGCCUAACGCCAGGUUUUCUCACUCUAUGUUUGUUUAUAAGCAUAUUAUUGGCAUUAUUGGAGGUUGUCCUGUCUCACAAAAUUGUCAAGAGUUGACUUUGCUAGAUCUGAAGCACCGAUUGUGGAGGAGUGUAAGAUUGGAAUUUAUGAACAAAGAGUUGUUUGUUCGAAGUACAGCCAGUGUUCUUGGUGAUGAUCUUAUUAUCAUUGGGGGUGGGGCUGCUUGCUAUGCUUUUGGGACAAAGUUUAGUGAACCAGUGAAAAUCAACUUGGUGCAAUCUGUAACUAUGAGUGAGAACCAUGUCCCUCCUCAGCAUGAAGAUGUUUCUGUAGAACCGAAUCAAACCAAUGCAGAUUUGAAGACUGAAACGUCCCUGUCUCAACCAUGGGUGAUACAGUUAGAAAGAAAAUAUGCAAAGUUUGGCAAGGACAUACUUAAAAGUUUCGGAUGGUUAGACCUUGAGAGGAAAGUUUACUCAAAUGAAAAAGGUCUUUGUAUAUGGUUUCCUGUGACUGAAAAGUUUUGUGAACUAUUCCAUGAAAAGCAGUUGGGCGAGGACAUAAAAGGGUCAGAUGAUGAUAACCAAAUAAAGGGUCCAUCGUUAAUGGAUAUAUCCAGCUCAGCAGCUUUGAAUCUAUUGAAGGAACGUGGUGCCAAAAAACUCAUUAACGUAGCUUUUGAAGCCAAAAAAGUUGCAAAAUCCCCACUACAGAAAAUGAGAGAAGAUAUCACAUCUAUACUUAAACAGAAAGGCCUACCGGAAGAGCUUUUAGAUGAGCUUCCACAGAGAUGGGAACGGCUUGGGGAUAUUGUUGUGCUUCCUGCAACAUCUUUUAAAGAUCCAUCUUGGAUCUCUAUCAGUGAUGAAGUUUGGUGUGCUGUUUCUAAAUCUCUUAGUGCCAACCGCCUUGCUCGCCAAGGACGAGUUGAACCUAAUGGUACAAGGGAUAGUACAUUGGAAAUUCUUGUGGGAGACGAUGGAUGGGUUGAUCACCGUGAAAAUGGGAUCUUGUACUCUUUUGAUGCUACGAAGUGCAUGUUCUCAUGGGGUAAUCUCUCAGAAAAGCUUCGUAUGGGUAACAUGGCCUGUGAAAGUGAAGUUGUGGUAGAUUUGUUUGCCGGAAUUGGAUAUUUCGUUCUCCCAUUCCUUGUGAGGGCAAAAGCAAAACUAGUUUAUGCUUGUGAGUGGAAUCCCCAUGCUAUUGAAGCUCUUCGACGUAAUGUUGAAGCAAAUUCUGUUUUGGAUCGUUGUAUCAUUCUUGAAGGGGAUAACCGGAUCACCGCACCGAAAGGAGUUGCUGACAGAGUCAAUCUUGGUCUUAUCCCAAGUAGCGAAGGAAGCUGGGUCACAGCUAUUCAGGCAUUAAGGCCUGAGGGAGGAGUACUCCAUGUGCACGGGAAUGUCAAGGACUCAGAUGAGAGCAGUUGGGGCGAGCAUGUCACCAAAACAUUAAGUGAUAUCGCUAGAGCUGAAGGUCGUAGCUGGGAAGUUACAGUGGAACAUAUAGAGAAGGUGAAAUGGUAUGCUCCUCGGAUUCGCCAUCUUGUCGCUGAUGUGAGAUGCAGAUGAUGAUGAUGGCAAUGACUAGAGUGCAGCACAGAGACUUCCCAUUGUAUUGUUUAACUUGUAUUAUCUGUCUAUCUCAAUUUCAAUACCUCGGUUUUCACUUUUUGAGACAUUGAUUACCAUGUGCCAGUCCGAAGUAAUCAGUUCCAUUACAAAUUUUACAGAUUUGUAUUUUUUUCUCCAAAA